AUUUCUUUCUCUCUUUGGUGCGUAGCUUUUGGUGGUGGGGUUUAACCUGCAUUACCGAGACCCACUAAGACCCAAGAUUUGUUCAAGCAAAUCCCUGAAAAGAUGAGUGUGAAGGUGCUGGGAAGAGUUUAGUGAUUAAAUGAAGGUGGUUUAAGUGAUUUAAUUGGAUUCCUCAAACUGAAUAAAAAGUCAACUCGUUGUGGUGGUGCACACCUGUAAUCCCAGCACUCGAGAGGCUGAGUGCUUGACUCCCGAUCCAUGGACAAGAUGGCAGAUUCAUCUUCUAAUUUUUCUCUGCUACUGUAUUUGGAGGAGCUAAACAAUGAAGAAUUAAAUAAAUUCAAGUUACUUCUAAAUGAAAACAUGGAACCUGGGCAUUGCCAAAUGCCCUGGACUGCAUUGAAGGCGGCCAGCCCAAGGCAACUUGCUAACUUGAUAAAUAAAUGCUAUCCAGGAAAACAGGCCUGGAAUGUGAUUCUUGGACUCUUUGCCAAGCUGAACCUGAAGGAUCUGUGUGAGAGAGUAAAAGUGGAUACCAACUGGACAGACACCAUGGGACCAGAGGUGGCUGAGGCUGGGGAGAUGCAGGAGGCAGAGAUGAGUGCUAGAACAGAAUACAGACGUCGAAUAAAGGAAAAAUUUCAAAUCCUGAAUAAGAACUCUUUGCUUGGAGAACCUUCAGAUUUUCAUCAUGGAGCUUCUAAAGAUGAGCAAAAGCUUCUGGAAUGUUUGUUUGAUGUGAAAGUCAAAGGUGGUGAGCCGCUCCGGACAGUGGUGCUUCGGGGAGCUGCUGGAGUUGGGAAAACAGCGUUGAUGAGAAAGGCAAUGUUACACUGGGCUGACGGAGGCCUCUAUCAGCACAAGUUUACUUACGUUUUCUAUCUCGGUGGGAAAGAAAUUAGCCAGGUGAAGGAGAAAAGCUUUGCUCAGUUGAUAUCAAAGGACUGGCCUAGCACUGAAAUCCCCAUUGAAAAGAUCCUGUCCCAGCCAAGUAAUCUCCUUUUUAUUAUUGAUAGUUUUGAUGAACUGAACUUUGCCUUCGAGGAACCUGCAUUUGCACUCUGUAGUGACUGGACCCAAGAACACCCUGUGUCCUUCCUCAUAAGUAGUUUGCUGAGGAAAGUGAUGCUCCCUGAAUCAUCUUUAUUGGUGACAGUAAGACUCACAGCUUCUAACCGUCUUCAGCGUUUGUUCAGUCCGCGUUUGUUGAAAAAUCAGUGUUAUGUAGACCUAAAAGGAAUGUGCCAGGAUGAAAGAAAAGAGUAUAUUUAUCAUUUUUUUGAAGACAAGACCUGGGCGACGGAUGUGUUCAAUUCAAUAAGAAGCAACGAGAGGCUUUUUAACAUGUGCCAUGUUCCCAUGGUGUGCCGGCUCAUCUGCACUUGUCUGAAGCAGCAAAUAGAGAAGAAUGAUGAUAUCAUGAUGGUGUGCCAGACAACCACAUCUGUGUUUGUAUGCUGUAUCUUUAGUUUAUUCUCACUAGGAGAGAAAUACAUUUCUAAUCUACCCAACAAAGCCCAGUUGAGAAGCAUGUGCUACUUAGCGGCCAAAGGAGUAUGGACUAUGACACACGUGCUUUAUAAGAACGACUUCAGGAAGCAUGGGUUAACCACUUGUGAUAUCUCUGUUUUUCUAGACAUGAAUGUUCUUCAAAAGGACACAGACCAUGAAAACUGCUAUGUAUUCACUCACCUACAUAUUCAGGAGUUUUUUGCAGCUAUGUUCUAUUUGCUAAAAAGUGCCUGGAGAGACAGAGAGCAUUCCUCCCAGUCUUUUGAAGAUUUAAAACUGUUACUUGAAGGGAAUAGUGAUUAUGACCCCCAUUUGACACAGCUAAAAUACUUUUUGUUUGGCCUUUUGAAUGAAGAUCUAUUAAAACAACUGGAGUUAAUUUUGAAGUGUAAUAUAUCUCUGAAGAUAAAACAGGAGAUACUUCAAUGGGUGAAGGGGUUAGAAAAUCGUGACACUUUUCCAUCACAGAUAGUGUUUCUGGACUUGUUUCACUAUCUGUAUGAGACUCAAGAUGAAGCGUUUGUAGUCCAGGCAAUGGAAAAUUUCUCAAAGCUUGUCAUUCAUAUUUUUAUGGAAGUCCAUUUGCGUGUGUCUUCAUUCUGCCUUAAGCACUGCCGAUGUCUGGAGACCUUUAAACUGAUUAUAGCUAUAGUAAACUCAAACCCUGCAGCUGAAACUAGGCAAAUGGAUGAUCAGAUUACUCAUUGGUUACAAAAUCUCUUCUCUGUGCUUAAUUCAAAUGAACGCUUGACAGAAUUGGACUUAUGCAAUAGCAACCUUGAUGGAUUAAUAAUGAAGACUUUUUGUCAAGAACUAAGACAUCCAAACUGUAAACUACAAAAACUCCUGUUGAAGUUCGUUGCUUUCCCUGAUGAUUACCAAGAUAUCUUUAGUUUUUUGACUUACAAGCAGACUCUGAUGCAUCUUGACCUGAAAGGAAGUUACAUAACGGAUAAUGGAGUGAAAUCAUUGUGUGAAGCUUUGAAACACCCAGAAUGUAAACUACAACAUCUGGGGUUGGAAUCAUGCAGCCUAACUGCAACUUGUUGUGCAGAUAUAGCUAAGGCUCUUGUCAAAAGCCAAAGCCUGGUAUUUUUGAACUUAUCAAGCAAUAAUCUACUGGAUGAUGGAAUGAUGAUGUUGUGUGAGGCCUUAGGACAUCCAGAGUGUUACCUACAGAGACUAGUAUUACAAAACUGUGGCUUCACAGAAGUUAGUUGUGAAGAUCUUUCUUUGGUUCUGCUCAGAAAUAAGAGACUGACCCAUUUAUGCUUGGCAGACAAUUCAGUGGGAGAUAGUGGAGUAAAGUUUUUAAGCACUGCCUUGGCAUAUUCAGAGUGUACUUUACAGAGUCUCGUGCUGAGGCGUUGCCAUUUCACUACAAUUAGCAUUGAAUACCUCUCAACUUCUCUUCUGUGCAACGAGAGCCUGAUACAUCUGGAUCUGGGAUCAAACAGUCUGCAUGAUGAUGGACUAAAUUUUGUAUGUAAUGUCCUUCAGAAGCCAACUUGCAAUCUUCAGGAGUUGGAAUUGAUGGGCUGUGUUCUCUCUACUGAAUGUUGUCCAGAUCUGGUUUCUGCCAUUUUGAACAGCCCAAACCUCUUGAGCCUAGACCUUGGAUACAAUGACUUGCAGGAUGAAGGAGUUAAAAUACUGUGUGAAGCUUUGAGAGAUCCAAACUGUAACAUUCAGAGGCUUGGGCUGGAAUACUGUAGUUUGACCUCUGUGUGUUGUCAGGAUCUCUCUUCUGCUCUUGUCAGCAACCAAAAGCUGAUAAAAAUCAACCUAACACAGAAUACAUUGGGCCGAGAAGGAAUUAGGACUUUAUGUGAAGUCUUGACAUGUCCAGAAUGUAAGCUACAAGUUCUAGGGUUGUGCAAAGAUGCAUUUGAUAAGGAAUCACAGAAACUGCUGGAAGCUGUGGCAGUUAGCAAUCCGAACUUGGCCAUAAUGCCUUUUUAUAGUAAUUAUAAUGAAUAUGGGUCCUGGUGGCGGAGUUUAUGAUUUGAUUUAAAAAAUAAAAAGAAGUUGCAAGGA